CAGCUGUCUGUCGAGACUGCAUCAGCCGCAGGUGUUCUCGCGAUUAGGCACUCCGCUAACAUGCUGAAGCAGGCUGCCGUCGCCUUCAUAAAGGCCCACUUGCUCAGUGUGAUGGCGACGCAGGGCUGGGAUGAGGCUGUAGUCAACGACCCACAAACUUUUAUGGAGUUGGUUCACCUGAUUGCAGAGACACCGACAGACACCAGCACGCCAGGCGCUGGAGAGAGCAGGACCGGCCCCUCCCCGCAGCCGCACAGUGGCCACAGCGACGACGGCCGGAGGCCAGCCACAGCUGCGCCCCCCACCACUCCCCAGGCCACUCCACAGCCUGAUGACGCUGCCGUCUCUCACCUGCGAAAUCUAUCUGGAGACAUGAAGGGCGAGAUGCUGAUUGCGGCGGCUAAGGAGGGGUCAGAGAGCAAAGUGCGAACGUUGCUGGCAAUGGGGGCGGACGUAGAGGCGAAGGACGAGAACAAGCGGACAGCACUGCACUGGGCAGCAGCCAUGGGGCACGGGGAGGUGGCGGCCCGUCUGCUGGAGGUAGGAGCAGGCGUUAACGCCAGGGACCGCUGGCAGAACACGCGUCUGCGUCUGGCUGCAUGGAAAGGCCAUGCAGCUGUGGUGCGGCUGCUGGCAGCUUCCUCUGCCGACCACAACGCCAGGGAUCAAAGUGGGAGCACGCCACUGCACGAUGCAGCACGGCGUGGCCGUGCAGAGGCGGCGGCUGCACUGUUAGAGGCAGGGGCCGACAGGGAAGACAAGAGUUAUGGUGGGGACACGCCGCUGGACCUAGCCGAGCGGAACAACCACAAGUCGCUCAUAGACAUCCUAAGAUCAAGCUGA